AUGAAAAAUGAAAUUCUGAAAUCAAAAGCUUAUCCUUUUCUUCUUCUUCUCCCUCAGAGAGUCUCUCUAAUGGCUUCUUCUACCCUGACAUUACCACCUUCAUGUUCUUCAUCCUUUCAUGGCAGCUCACUUGUAACUUCAUCAUCAUCAUCAUCUUCAAGAAUUUCAUUCCCUAAAAUUAGACAGAAUGGAAGAAGAGGGUUAGUAGUGAAAGCUUCUGAGAGUGAAUCAGGUAUUGUAUUAGUAGACAGAUCAGAGAAUGAGAAAACUAGUCGUCUCAAAACAUCUUAUCUUGAGAACAUUGUUCCUAUUCUCAAAGAAGAAUUCUCUUACACUAACUUACUCGAGGUACCCAAGAUUGAGAAGAUAGUGGUGAACUGUGGAAUUGGAGAAGCUGCACAAAAUGCUAAAGGAUUAGAUGCUGCAAUGAAGGAUUUGGCGACAAUUACUGGGCAAAGGCCGGUGAAGACGAGAGCUAGAGUGUCUAUUGCUACUUUUAAGCUCAGGGAAGGGCAACCUAUUGGACUUGCUGUUACCCUUAGAGGAAAUAUGAUGUACUCUUUCUUGGAUCGACUUGUUAACUUGGGUCUUCCUAGAACAAGGGAUUUCCAAGGUGUAAACCCCAACAGUUUCGAUGGACACGGAAACUACAGUAUCGGAAUGCGUGAACAGAGUGUGUUUCCAGAGAUAGCAUAUGAUGCCCUUGGUAGGGGUCGAGGUAUGGAUGUCUGCAUCACCACCACCGCUAAAACUGAUAAAGAAGCACAAAGGUUGCUUGCUCUUAUGGGUAUGCCUUUCAGAGAAGGUGGUGGUCCAACAGUGUUGAUCCGUAAGAAGAAGAAGAAGGCUCAUCACUUCGACAGUAAAUCCAAAGGACGGCGAUGAAUUUGGUGAAAUUCUCUUAAAAAGGGAAACAGACUGCUCAAGUCUUUGCAUAAUUCAUUGCAAAGCAACCUGAGUCAAUGAGGGUAUGACAACCAGAAGCAGCAGUCCAUAUAGUUUUUUCCAGCUUAUGAGCAAAGUCAACUGGUUUGAUCUUCUUAUGAGCAGAAGGGUCAGCUUCAAGUGCAUUUCCUUAUGCCAUAUUUCGUCAGAUAAUGUGCAGCUGCAUUUUGAUCCCUAGAAACCUUUAUAAACCAACAGUGUCUACCUUUCUUUGUACAAUCCUUGCAAAUGCCCUCUAUCCUUCCAUGGCUGCCGCGGGCACGGUAAAUUAAUAGCAAAAACCAGCUGUUUGGAAAUUUGAUGAGCC